UCGGAUCAUUUCACACCAGUCAAGGGGAAGAACCGAACCCGAGACCCUGAACAUUGACACACGUGAGGAGUUGAACGGCAAACCCCUUCACAUCUGAUCUUUGAAGUUUCCGAUGAAUUUUAACGUGAAUAUGGGCAUGUUUUUAAUGAAGGCGGUGUUUACGGUUGUUAUUUUUUGAAAUAACGUUACAGCUGCUCUUGAAACCUGUAAGAUCACGCGUGUCUAAAGGAUUUUUUUUUCAUGAGAAAGACAUCGAUUCAUUUACAACGAUGCUCGUGGAUAUGUGUAUCACGCAUAUUUUAGGAUAUUUAAAUACACGCGUGAUUGUAAAGUUAUCGGUAAGUGGGGCGUUAAUAAAGGUUUGACGGUUUGAAAAUAAAUUUGUGUGGAAUACAAAUCGGUUCAUGCAUAGUCUUCCAUUUUAAAGGGAUUCCCGUGAAUAUUUGCAUAAUCUAAUACGUGAAUAAUUGCCUUUUAAUGCUUUUUUAUAUUGCGUUUUUCUGGUGGGACUGAAACACAGCGCUAUGUUAGAUCUAUGUUGAAUAUUUAACCCUGAGACUGUUCCUCUAUAAGAAUCAUGAUGGCAAAACAUUGUCCUAAUGAUGAUCUGAGUAAGAUCUCUGAUGAUGAACUGGUCAGAUGGAGCAAAGAGGACUUGAUUAAGAGACUAAGAAGGGCUGACAGUGAGAAAAUGAACCUAAUGCUAGAACAUGGGAACAUGAUGAAGGACGUCAACCGCAGACUGCAGGUGCACCUCCACGAGAUCCGCAAUUUAAAGGAGAUCAACCAGAAACUGCAAGACGAUAACCAAGAGCUCAGGGAACUCUGCUGCUUUCUUGAUGAUGAUCGGCAGAAAGGUAAGAAGCUGUCUCGGGAAUGGCAGAGGUUUGGGAGGUAUACAGCGAGCUCCGUGUGGAAGGACGUGAGCACCUAUCAGCAGAAACUCAAGGAGCUGGAAGCCAACCAGGAAAACAUUCUUCGGGAGAAUGCAGAACUGAAGGAGAUCAUUCUCAUGUUGGAUGAAGAUAGGAAUGGAGCAGGAUCUAGGAGUUCAAUAGACAGCCAGUCCAGUCUGAGUAACUUGAAUGGAGGUUCGGGCACUGUCAGAGAUGUUGGCGAUGGCAGCAGUACCUCCAGCGGUGGAAGCGCAGGCAGCCCUGAUCAUCAUCAUAAUCAUAUACACAAGACUGUAGAAACCAAGAUUGGCACCAUAAGACGAUCAAUGGAUGAUCUCUCUGCUCCACAUCAUCACAGGAGCAUCCCCAAUGGGCUUAAUGAUGCAUCCUCAAACUACAUUCGCCAGCUAGAAACGAAGGUCCGGAUUCUAGAGGACAAUAACAACAAACUGCUGUCACAACCCUGUAGCCGUUAUAGCUUAUCAAAGCUGCCCAUGAAGUGUAAUCCGGGAGACCUGCGAGUCCUGCGGAAGGGCAUGACCCUCUACCACUCAGAAUCACAGCUGUCUUCACUCCCUCAGAGACAGGAGGCCCUACUGAAUGGGACUGGAAGACUACAGACCAGUGAGUCUUCUCCUUCAACCGGGUUUGUCUCAUCUGUACAGAAACCUGAAGCUGUGGUUCAUGCAAUGAAGGUUCUGGAGGUCCAUGAUAAUCUGGACAAGCAGCUUCCAGAAGAAAGUGAAGAAGACCUGAGUGAGAAAGAGAAAGCCAUAGUGCGAGAGAUGUGCAAUGUGGUGUGGCGAAAGCUCGGUGACGCGGCGGGAUCAAAGCCGUCCAUCCGACAGCAGCUCUCUGGGAAUCAGUUCAAAGGUCCUCUAUAGCAGCUCUGACACAUGAGGAACAUUUCUCCUUCUGUUCAGCCACCAUGAAACUCCAGCAGGACCAAACUAAGAAACUGCUCACGGCAACAACAGCAAACACAAACGCUUCCGUCCACUAACGUCAUCCAUGUCAAAUAAUACGGAGUGCAACUCUUGCGAUUGACAUUGGACCACUACACGCCAGUUUUCAGAUUUAGUGAACAUGUAAAGCAAUAAUCCACAUUGAAAUAACAUUGUUUGAUUAUUAAUUAUAUUUUUUUCUUAAUCGCUGCAAUGAUUCAUUCUCAUGAAUUUACAAAUGGCACAGCUUUGACGAACCCUUGGACUACGCAGUUGACAAUUACCCAACGUCAGUGUGGCCGAAUGUAGAUUCAGAGAAGGACGGUGUAAUUUGGGACAGGGCCCAUGAAGUGUUUUAUGACUGGCAGCUGGUCACUGUCACUCAGCUUGCCUUUUCUUUUUUACCUCAUAUUCUUGUUUUACAUACACAGUGAUGUCAGAAAACUCAUUGUUUCCUUGCACCCUUUUAGACAAAGAUCAAACUUUUAGAGCGAUACCAGAUAAGGCUCCCUCACUCCACUGUGUUCUGGUACCCGUUUUGUGCAAGUAAUGUACAGAAAUGACUCUGAAAGGCAAUGUAAGAUAUGUACAAAAGCUUUAAAUCACUUUAUUAUGUUGUCUUUUUAAGUGUUUUUACUUUUUCUAGUAGCUGUUUUUAAUAAGUACCAACUUAACAAUGUAUGGGGUUUCUUAACAGCGCAACACUUUUUGAACAAUGCAACUUAGACACAAAAGCAGCACAAAACAUGCUGAAUCUGACUUUUCCCUGUUCCUGUAUGAAAAAAACAAUGGCAGACACAACUGAAAUCCAUUGUGUUUGUAUAUUCAAGAUGUCAAAUUUUAAAACAUGUGCUGUUCAUGCUUGACAAUCACAUCUCUCAGGUCUGGGGAAAUUAUAAGUACACAUCAUAACAUGUCAGAAACAGUAUUUUUUGUCCUUUUCCAGCAUUUUGUUUGUCCUUGAUUGACCCAUUAACAGUCAAGACUAACGCAUUGGCAGAAAUAAUUGUGCUGACCUCAAGUUUUCAAGCUCUUUAAUCCUAAGUAAAAAAACAAACACAUGCAAUGCUCCGCUUUGACCUCCACAUGAAUGCAUGACAGAUGAUGACAAUGAGGUCAUUGUGUAAAUUAAAGCAGUUUUGUGUCUCAAAAAGGGAACUAGUUCAUCAUUGUCUUGCACCAACUUAAUACUUCACUCCAUAAAAGAAAACUGCGCCCGUCAAACAAUUUCAUGGGCAUUUAAGUAGAUGUUCUAGGGGGAUCCUUUGUCACUGUCAGUUAGUAUUAUUGCCAUUUGUUUUGGAUGAAAAAUUAUCACAAGCCCUCAUGGAAUCCAUUAGAAUGCCUGUGAUUCACAAAAUUAAGCAUAUCUCCCAACCCUUACUUGUUCAUUUAUUAUAUUUUUUUGGCUAAUUUGAUAAUGCUUUUAGUCAUCAAUAAGACCAUAGCACUUUCAGCACCAUUUAACACAUUUUUGGUUUAUAUUCCACAUAUUUUCUCUAAAAAGUCUGCAGGGCCUGCUAUUCAGCAGAGAACUAGUGGUAAACUUUAAUCUUAUGAUCAAGAUCCGGAUAUAGAAAGUGACGUUCAGCUAAUUUAAAUGCAUGUCAGCAAUAGUUUCAUGUAUGUGAGUCUCUUUUUCCUACUAUUUUUUUCCAAUGUCAAAUAAACUGUUAACAAAGUUCAAAAACAGGCAUGCUUAUAAAUGAAAUACUACGGCUGUGUUCAGAAUGCAAAACUAGCAUACUGAUUGUUGUGCAAUAUAUGCUGAAUACUAAUAUUUAAAAGAAAAAAUAUGUAAAACAAUAAACGUUAUACAAUCAUAAACAGUAGCAUUGUCAUGAAAAGUCAAGAAAUAUUUCAUAUUUAAAUAAAUUGCAGAUAAUUCAGUACGAUCUUCAUACUGGCAAUGGAAGGUCAAGCACACUUUUGAAUUUUGAUAAGGCUAGUAUGUUAGUAUGCUAUUCCGAACAUAGCCAAAGUUGUAGUUGUAAAUGGGUAAAGGCUAAUGAAAGAGUUUUAACAUUAAUUAAUCAGAGGUGUUUCCACUAAUAAGACUGCAUUUGAUUGGCUGUCAAUGAAUUUUGACUUACCUGUUACAAACAUGAGAAGUUGCUAUUGUUGUCAAUGAAAGGAGUUGCAAGCAGAUCCUAUACAAAGUGCUGUUUCUCUCGGGAAGCGGUCUGAACACAAAGCCAUGAUUUUUUUAGAUGAUUUUAUUUGGCAUGUGCUGCCUCUUUUGUGCAUGGGGUUUUGUUUGGAACCUAUGCACCUAUACCCUGUGUUGUUUUAUUGUGUAAACCCUCUGAGGUUUAUCCUGUCUUCAGUGUUAAUAGGUGCGAGCAUGACUGCAGGAAACAUUUUAUGGUAAAUGUGUAAAGAAAAAAGCUGUACAAAGUGAACCAGACGAUUUGUCAAUAAACAAACUAUUGCUUUAA